AUGGACGCGAAAUAUUCCCACUUGUUGUCUGUUCCCUGGGCCGCUGCCUUGAUCAACGACCCCAACUGGACGCCGAUGGAGACCAGCUCGCGGUCAGUAAAGCCAUCAGGGGAAGACUCCUUUUUCGCAGGAACGCUUGGCACUGAUCGCACAAUAACAACGCUUCUGACGUUUCGUCCGAAAAACGAGGAAACAGGCGACAUCGCGUACAAGGAGAUCAGAACCAUUGUGGAGCUAGGCGAUGGGCUACAAGGCUACCCACGGAUCGCACACGGCGGCUUCCAGGCAACGUUGCUUGACGAGAUGUCCGGCGUCUUGAUCGGGACGGUUAUGGAGAGAAAGGCGCAAAGGACAAAUCUUAACACUACCUACAAGAAGCCAGCGCCAACCCUGCAGACGCUUCUCUGCACAGCCAAGAUCGAACGAAUAGAAGACGGCGGUCGCAAACUAUACGCUCGCGCGACUCUCGAAGACGGCAACGGUACGAUAUACACCAUCGCCGACGGCAUGUUCAUCAGACUUUCGACCAAGCUAUGA